AUGGCCGUUACUGAGAUCAAGGGCUUUCUAGUAUUGCCGGUAAAGCUACCAGAAGCAAGUAGACCGCAUUAUAUAUUCUUUAAGAAACAUGAUAGCAAAAAUAGUACCAAUAAUAGUGAAAACAAUAAUGCCAACCGCUCAAUUUUCUUCUUUAAUUUACCUAUAAACACAUCUACAGCAUCAUUAAGAAAAUAUUUCCAGGCGGUGGCCAUUGGAUCUACUAUAGAGUCGUAUACCCCAAGUUUGUUAACUGAUUAUGCCGAGGAUAUAUGGGUUGAUUUAACCAAGUUAACAUCGGAUUUGGAAUUACACCAACAGGAAGAUAUUGAAGCCCGAAGCAAAUUACCUAAAAACUGUGGAAUAGCGACUUUCGUUGAUAAAGCUGCUCUCGUGUUAGCAUUUAAUGCGUUAAAGAAACUUGCAUCGUCAUCCACUGAAUCGGAUUGGCCUAUUAAUGCAUCCUCCACGUUCGGAUCAUCGUAUUUCUUGUCCAAGUACCAAUCACAGAUUUUAGAUCCAGAGGAAAUAUCUAACAUUGUAUCGCAAGCUCUUGUUGACUUUGAUAAAGCAGAGAAAGAAUCCAUGGAAAAUCUUCAACAGCAAACACAGCUCGUAGACGAAGAUGGUUUCACGUUAGUUGUUGGCUCACAUAGAAAGACCAAGGCAGGUAUAAUGGGAAGACAGAAAUUAGCUGCCACAGUUGAGGUUGAUAAAGCCAAGUCUACUAUGAAAAAGAAAGAGAAAGAAGAUUUCUAUAGAUUCCAAUUGAGACAACGUAAGAAAGACGAGAUGAAUGAUUUAUUGAAAAAAUUCAAGUUAGAUCAAGAGAAGGUCAGACUCAUGAAGGAAAAGAAAAGGUUUAGGCCAUAUUGA